AUGACAGUUUGUUUCAAGUUUAAGUUGUGUCGCUCAGUGGAUUGGAUAAAAGAAGAAAAGACAUGCCGACUAAACACAAGAUUUGCCAUCAAGAAUGGUGGAAGUCUAAUGACUAAAGGCCACACCUUUCAUGUCGAACGGGAGAUAUUCCCAACGCAUUUGGCGGGAAAUUGUCUGAAUCAUUCCUGUACUGAGGAUGAAAUAUGUAUUGCUGGGAAAUGUGUUCCUGUUUUAAAAGAAAAAAUAUACAAAGACUGUUCAGAUAUUGUGAAAAGAGACCAAAGCAAGAAAGGACAAGAUGGAGUGUACGUUAUUUAUCCCGACACCCGUAGAGAGGUCUUCUGUGACAUGACGACAGGCGGAGGAGGGUGGACGGUCAUUCAGAAACGCCAGGAUGGUGAGAUGGAUUUUUACAGAACAUGGAUAGAGUAUAAAGACGGAUUUGGGACUGUCACUAAGAACUAUUGGAUAGGAAAUGACGUCAUCCACGCCCUAGCAAGGGAUAAAAACCAGGAACUUCGAAUUGAUCUCCAGAGACAUAAUGGAGAACAGGCCUAUGCAGUGUAUUCCACAUUCUACAUCGGAGAUGAAAACAAUAAAUAUAUGCUUACAGUUUCUGGGUACAAUGGAACAGCGGGUGACAGUUUGACUUAUCAUAACGGUAUGAGAUUCAGUACUAAGGAUCAGGACAAUGACAUCAAGAGUGAUGGUAGCUGUUCUAUAUUACGGCACGGAGCCUGGUGGUACAAAAACUGUCUCCACUCAAAUCUUAACGGACAGUACGCCCAGUCUGCUUUGUCUGGUUGGGAAUACCCGGUAUGGGAACACUGGAAGUAUGAUGAAGCGUUGAAAAAGACUGUGAUGAUGAUUAGAUACAAAAACUAG